AUGGCAGUGAUUAUUGUUCCAGUCUCAGGCUCUGCCGCUGUCACGCUUGGGGGUGAAAAAAAAAAAAAGGUCCAUCUGCAUGCAGCCUACAGACUAAUCCCCGACAAAUCCACAUCCCAGUCUAUGUCAGAUGGCAGCGGCAACUGA